CUUCUCCUCCCCCUUUCCCCACAGCACAACUCAGAUCAGCGUCUGGUUCCUUUCCUUCUAUAGUUCCUCCUUUUUCCAAUCUCUGUUCUAUUUCUCUUCUCCAUUUAUUUUAUUGGUGCUUGGUAUAGUUAGCAGCAAUGGUGUCCUCGCAGCCUUGUCUGCUCUGCGCCCUCGUCCUUUUGGCCUUCAUCGCUGUCUCCUCUACAGCUGCGACCAUGAUGCAAAACAUUGAAAUCACUGGAGGCAAACCCACCAUCAGAAACGGAGGGAAUGUGGUUGAUCUUAGACUCGAGCAAUCCUCAGCAUCUGGUUUCCAAUCGAAGCAGGAAUACUUGUUUGCUCGCGUUGACAUGCAGAUCAAGCUGCCCGCCGGUGACUCUGCAGGCACGGUUACCACCUUCUAUAUGUCCUCGCAAGGCAACGCACACGAUGAGAUAGACCUGGAGUUCCUCGGAAAUGAGACGGGGCAACCAUAUGUCCUGCACACCAACGUCUAUGCACAGGGAAAUGGGAAGAAGGAGAUGCAGUUCUACCUUUGGUUCGACCCAACUGCUGCUUAUCACACCUACUCCAUCCUCUGGAACCCACAGCACAUCAUAUUCUACGUGGACAGGAGGCCUAUCAGAGUGUUCACUAAUAAGCAGGCCGUGGGCGUUCCCUUCCCCACGAGCCAACCGAUGAGAGUUUAUGCCAGCAUAUGGAAUGCCGAUGACUGGGCGACACAGGGGGGGCGGGUUAAAACCAACUGGGCAAACGCCCCCUUCAUUGCCUCCUACUCCAACUUCAGGGCCAUUCCUUGCCCUUCUUCCUCAAAGUCACCCCUCUGCGGUCAGCAGCCAUCGGCACCCGUCUCCGCGACCUCCUCCUCAGGUGGCGGCAACGGGCAGGGACUAAAGCAAGUCCCCACCGUGGACGAUUGGACCAGGAAGAUGACGCGGUUGCUGCAGAGGAAAUACAUGAUCUACAACUACUGCGCCGACGUAAACCGCUUCGCUCAGGGACUUCCUCCCGAGUGUUCAAACUGAGUCGCUUGGAGUCUCCUCUCUGAUUCAUUUUCGUUGCCAUUCCUUUGAUUCAUUUUUUCAUUCAUUUCAUUUGAUUCAUACAUAUGUUACAAGAAACCCUUUUGUCAUUUUUGCAUCAAAUUUAUUCAGCGAUCAAUAAAAUGGUGGAUUAUUUCUUCGCUCA